CGCCCCACAGCAGCGCUGGUUCUGCUGAUCAUCUGUGAAACCUCUUUCUGAUGACAAAGGAGUCUGAAGGCAUCACGCUUUGCACGGUGACUGACCCAACUUGCAGAUUGGAGUCUGGUUCAGGGUUGCUGGUUGGCCACAGAAUUGGGGUAUCGUUCAGCCAGUCAUCAGUUCAGUCCAUUCAAAGGGAGGCUGCAACCAAGAAAUUUGAUGAAGACUGAGCCUUGGAGGGGCAGCAACCAAGGAGCUAGACAAGGUCAUCCCAUGUAAGGGUGUUUCACUGGAGACCCAAGGCGAGGAUCGUCCACAGCAUUGCAUUCGCCGUCACCGUCUGUGGUGAGGAAGCGGGGCAGUGAAGAAAGUGGCAAGAAGAAAAUGAAUGUGUUUGAAACACGGUGCUGGAGGAGAGCUUCGCACAGACCCUCGGCUGACAGAAAGAUAAAGUCGUGAGUUUGAGAUGCGCUCGAGCUGGACCUUCCCCUGCAGGCCAGGAUGACAACACGGAGUCUGGCCUGCUGCAGACGCAUCACGAGAAGGCGAGACUCGCUGGUGAAGACAAUCCUUCUAGGGAAAGUCAAAGGCAGAAGAAGAGGAAGACCAAACGAGGGAUGGGUGGGUGGACCCCACAAAGGAAGCCACAGCCUUGAACUUCAGGCAGCUAAGCAGGUUGUCUUAGGCAGGACGUUUUGGAGAACGUUCGUUCACAGGGUCGCCAUAAGCUGCAGAUGACUGGAUGGCACAUAGUAACUUCCUCACCCCCCACCUCCAGCAUGUGCUUCCCUGCAUACCCAGCUUCUUCACUCCUUGGCUUAAAAGGACCCUGAGCGAAUGUGUAUAGCUCUUCAGCCUCGCCCUCGGCCAGAAAGAACAAGCCUGCGGAAGUGGACCUAGGACUGUCCAGGGCCAGGGUGGAACCAUUGAGCUGGCCGGGCUGGAAACAGUGCUAGUCCUGUAGUCUGUUUCCAUGGAACCAGGAGAUUGGCUCCCAGUUGAUGCCGGGAAGCAGCGUUUUCUUGAUUCCAAGUGCAUGAGGAGAAGUGCAGGCGACUGGCAUUCUGACGAUGAAGGUGCUCAGUGAUGACGGGAACUUGUGCGCGUGAUGAGGAUGAUGCCCCGUGGGCUGGAGCAUGAGAGUGGGCUGUGAGCAGGAACGGGGAAAUGCCAGCCGCUCAAUGGCAACACGGGAUGCUGUUUAUGUGAACUUCUUCCUGCUUGCCCUGGUCACUGGAUGCUAAUACAGAAUGUGUGAAGGGACAAUAAAGAUUGGCUUGCUCCUUCUGUUGUUUUCUGGUCCAGAGGAGGCAUCGGAUUGCCAUGGUGACACUGUUCCCAAUCUCCUAGCAACACCCAGUUAACUGAAGGCCAAGGAGAAGCAUUUGAUGAUUGGUUUUACUCGGGUCAAAAGUUGUCUUCGUCAUCCCAGGGAGAAAAUGAAAUUUCCAUUCUAUUGGCCCUGUGUAAAACUGGCACAAUAGCAUAUCCUUCUGGCUACUCGCUGAUAAAAACCCUUUUGGUGAUGGCUACUGAUCCAACGUGAUAGGGUGUGGCGCCCACACGUGGACGCAUGACCGGGUAUACCAUGGUGCGGAAUGGGGGCGUAGGGAAUGGAGGACAGCCCUGGAUGUUACGGUGGUCCAGUCGGAUUCGGCUCACUUGGCUUAGUUUCACAUUAUUCAUCAUCCUGGUCUUCUUUCCCCUCAUUGCCCAUUAUUAUUUAACCACCAUCGACGACGCGGAUGACGCGGGCAAGCGCAUCUUCGGGCCCCGCACGGGCAACGAGCUGUGUGAGGUGAAGCAUGUCCAGGACCUGUGCCGCAUCCGCGAAUCGGUGAGCGAGGAGCUGCUGCAGCUGGAAGCCAAACGGCAGGAGCUGAACAGCGAGAUCGCCAAGCUGAACCUCAAGAUCGAAGCCUGCAAGAAGAGCAUUGAGAACGCCAAGCAGGAUCUCUUGCAGCUGAAGAACGUCAUCAGCCAGACGGAACAUUCUUACAAAGAACUCAUGGCUCAGAACCAGCCCAAGCUCUCGUUGCCGAUCCGGCUGCUACCGGACAAUGACGACUCCAGCUUCCCCUUGCCAAAAUCCAGCAGGCAUUGCCGGCUACACAACUGCUUUGACUAUUCGCGCUGCCCACUCACUUCUGGCUUCCCAGUGUAUGUCUACAACAGUGACCAGCUCAGCUUUGGGAGUUCAUUAGAUCCAUUAAUUAAGCAAGCCUUUGAAUCCACCGUCAGAACUAAUGUGUAUGUUACUGAAAAUGCAAACAUCGCCUGUGUAUACAUAGUUCUAGUGGGGGAAAUGCAGGAGCCCGUAAUGCCAAAACCUACGGAAGUAGAACAACAGUUGCACACUCUGCCGUAUUGGAGGACUGACGGGCACAACCAUCUCAUUAUUCACUUGUCCAGGAAGUCAGAAACUCAGAACUUCCUUUAUAAUGUCAGCACGGGGCGGGCCAUGAUCGCCCAGUCCACCUUUUAUGAUGUACAGUAUCGUCCAGGUUUCGACAUUGUGGUAUCCCCUCUUGUCCAUGCCAUGUCUGAACCCAACUUCCUCGAGAUCCCGCCCCAGGUGCCAGUCAAGCGGAAAUACCUGUUCAGUUUCCAAGGGGAGAAGGUAGAGUCUCUCCGAUCCAGCUUGCAAGAAGUACGUUCCUUCGAGGAAGAGAUGGAAGGCAAUGCCCCCGCGGACUAUGACGACAGGAUCAUUACCACCCUGAAGGCUGUCCAAGACAGCAAGCUGGACUUCGUCUUGGUGGAAUUCACAUGUAAGAACCAGCCCAAGGCAAGCCUGCCCACUGAGUGGGCUCUUUGUGGAGAAAGGGAGGACAGGCUGGAGCUACUGAAACUCUCUACUUUUGCACUGAUAAUCACCCCGGGGGACACCCAACUUGCAAUUUCCGCUGGGUGUGCAGUGAGACUGUUUGAGGCCCUGGAAGUCGGCGCCAUCCCGGUCAUCCUUGGCGAGCAAGUCCAGCUGCCCUAUCACGAUGUCAUCCGGUGGAACGAAGCAGCCUUAAUUAUACCAAAGCCACGUAUCACAGAAGUGCACUUCCUUCUGAGGAGCAUUUCUGACAAUGACCUCUUGGCCAUGCGGAGGCAGGGCCGCUUCUUGUGGGAGACCUACUUUUCCACCGCAGACAGUGUCUUCAGCACAGUCUUGGCCAUCAUAAGGACUCGAAUCCAAAUCCCAGCCGUUCCCAUCCGAGAGGAAAUGGCAGUGGAGAUCCCUCACCGAUCUGGCAAAGCUGCUGGCACCGAUCCCAACAUGGCUGACAAUGGGGACUUAGACUUGGGGCCCGUUGAGACAGAGCCCCCGUACUCCUCUCCGAAAUACCUACGCAAUUUUACCCUGACAGCAAUGGAUAUUUACAGAAACUGGAACUCGGCUCCUGGUCCGUUCCACCUCUUCCCUCACACCCCCUUUGAUCCAGUCCUCCCAUCCGAAGCCAAGUUUCUAGGGUCUGGGACUGGAUUUCGACCGAUUGGAGGAGGAGCUGGUGGCUCUGGGAAGGAGUUCCAAGCUGCAUUGGGUGGCAAUGUCCCCAGGGAACAGUUUACAGUAGUCAUGCUAACCUAUGAGCGAGAAGAAGUGUUAAUGAACUCGUUGGAGAGGCUGAACGGCCUCCCAUACCUAAACAAAGUGGUGGUCGUCUGGAAUUCCCCCAAGCUUCCUUCAGAAGACCUCCUGUGGCCCGACAUUGGUGUCCCGAUUGUGGUGGUGCGCACAGAGAAGAACAGUUUGAACAACCGGUUUCUCCCCUGGGAUGAGAUUGAAACGGAAGCCAUCUUAUCCAUUGAUGACGACGCCCACCUUCGCCAUGACGAGAUCAUGUUUGGGUUCCGGGUCUGGAGAGAGGCCAGGGACCGCAUCGUUGGGUUCCCGGGGCGGUACCACGCAUGGGACAUCCCUCACCAGUCUUGGCUCUACAACUCAAACUACUCCUGUGAACUGUCCAUGGUGCUGACGGGGGCCGCCUUCUUCCACAAGUACUACGCCUACCUGUAUUCCUACGUGAUGCCACAGGCCAUCCGUGACAUGGUGGACGAAUACAUCAACUGUGAGGAUAUCGCCAUGAACUUCCUGGUUUCUCAUAUCACGAGGAAGCCACCCAUCAAGGUGACCUCGCGCUGGACGUUCCGCUGCCCCGGCUGCCCGCAGGCGCUCUCCCACGACGACUCGCAUUUCCACGAGCGGCACAAGUGCAUCAACUUCUUCGUCAGGGUGUAUGGCUACAUGCCUCUGCUGUACACCCAGUUCCGCGUGGACUCGGUCCUUUUCAAGACACGCCUGCCUCACGACAAAACGAAAUGCUUCAAGUUCAUCUAGGCGCGCGGCCUCCCGCAAGAUGCCGGGGCAGGCCAUGCCCCGGGACUCGUCUCUCUGCCCGUGCCGGGGGGCACGCGUGCGGAGCCCGCGCCUGCGCAGCCCCACAGGGACGGCGUCGCGCGGGGCCGUCCACGGCCUCGGCCUCGGAUCACACUGUGGGGGGAGGGAGCAGAGGCCUCGGCCCAUGCCCUGGCUGGGGGCCGGCCCAGGCCCAGCGGGGGGGUUUUAAAAUGUUAUUAUUUAAAAUGGAAGGGUUUUAGAUACGCCUUGCCAGGCUUUCUAUUUUU